ACCAUGUAUGGCGAUAUUGAAAGAACUUGGUACAAUCCGUGGCAAUGGAUGAUAAAGCCAUUACCGACUUACACGGACUUCUUGUAUAGCAAUCCAAAAUAUACAAAUCCCAUUUAUACGCGAUUUAUCCAUACGAUUCCUAUCUACGCUAACCCAAUUUUUAGCCACUUCUGUCAUAAAGAUUCCAUCUACACCAGUUUUAAGAAUACUGAAUCAAAAUAUUUAAAUUAUAUCGGCGUUAAGGCGUUAUGGGAUCAGGAUGACCCCAUGUAUACUGAUCCUGUAGAGACUAAACCUACUAAUUCUGGACCAAUUUACACUAAUGCUUUGUAUAAACAUCCCAUGAAUACUAUGAGUGUGUACACCACUCCGGUGCAUGUUACGGCUAUGCACGCUACGCCAAUGCAAGCCACGCGCAUCCAUCCUAAGCCCAUACUUGUUAGAAACAUUCCAUGUGUAAGGCUCAGGAAAAUCGAAGAACCAGUUGUACAACAACACAAGACUCAGGUGAACGGCGGUUCAAGAUGGCUGUGUCCUGGUGACGUUCUUACCCUCCGCAUAAAUAGAUUCAUAAGACGCAUGAACGAACCUCUGGUAUUAGGUUAUACUGACCAAAUAGACGAUUACCAACGAGCGUUUAUCAGAACAAUCGAUACUCAUUUUGAUGAAAAGGGUAAUCUUUUGACGGACGAGUUUAGGGCUACUGAAGCUCUUCUUGUUGGGAUUGGAGUACGUGAAAAGCCGUCCAAUUGCGGUGUGUGUCGACGGAUUUGCUCGACGGUCUGUAGCACAUGCCGUGUUGCGUACUUCUGCUCGGCAAGCUGCAUCCGCUACUUGGCUGCCCUCCAUGUACAUGAGUGUUCCAGCAUGAGAAACUACCGCAUUCAAUUUUAUAUGGAACAAGAGAGGCUGCGACGGCGUCUGCGCGCCUAAUUUGCAGACGUUGCCAAAAUCCAUCAUCUACCGAGUAACAUGUACAUAACCUGCCUCGUCACAUGGCCGUUGCCGUACAAAACGAAAUUCC